AUGGCAUUACAGUCUUUGUCUUUGGUGAUCUUACUGGCAUAUGGUGCACUGAUAACUCUUGUCACAUUGACACCAUGCUGGUAUGUCAUGGUCACGCAUAUCGAGAAACGUGUGAAUUUGAACUCAAAAAAUAUUGUAGACCAAUUGCAAUCAGAAAUUCAGUACUCAGCUCAACUGUUGCAUCCAAUGAAAUCCUCAUCAACAAAUUUAGCAAGAUUGUUGAGUUCAUCACUUGAUUCUACUAACAUCUCUUUCUCUGAUAUUCAAACCAAGGUUGCUCCAUUAUUAUUUCAAGCAUUUGUGACAGUUCCUCACUUAACUCAAAUCUCAUACAUAGGAAUGGAAGGUCUCUUUUUCUCAUAUUGCAGUGAUCGCGAUCAAGCUCUAGUGAUGUUCUCUAAUUCAUCAUCAAAUAAACCCUUAUACUAUAUUCAGCAAGCGAAUAAUGAAACCGGAGAGGUUUUUGGAGAAGCCAUAAUAUCAAACUCCUCUAUCAACACAAGUUGGAUUAAGGAAGCAGCUAAUCUUUCAAAUGAAUCUGCGUCGUUAGGAAGCAAGUGGAGCAAUGACCGCGAUCUUUUGUUCCUCAAUUCUGCUAGAAUCAACAGAAUAGGAGUGAUUUCGCUAGGAUUUACAGCAAAAUCAAUAACUGAUUAUGUUACUAGUGUUGACCAUCUAGGCACGAGCUCGUAUUUAGCUACCAAAGAUGGACAAAUUCUUGUGGAAGGAAUUCAACAUAUCCUUUUCGUUGUUUUUAAUGAUUCAGUUUCCUUCCAAUCAGUGAAUGCAAAUGGAGAUAUGAUAAAGAAUGAGGGAACUGUCUCAUGCAAGAAUGAAGCUAUUGCUUCUAAUUUGAAUAUUCAAGAUAAUAGAUAUCUAAUCCAUUGCUACCUCAUUGAUAUAAUGGGAAUAGAAUCAGUGUAUGUUUUGGCUGUACCACGAAAUGGAUUUGACGCGAGUUAUAAGAAAAUCGGAUUGGCUCUAUUGAAUGUAAUGAUGGUAAUGAUACUUGUUGCUGUCUUUGGUUUUCUAUUUAUUGAUGGUAGAGCCAUAAGAAGAGAAAUGCACUUGUGUGCCUCACUCAUCAAACAAAAAGAGGCCACACAACAAGCUGAGAAAAAAAACAUGAACAAGAGCCUCGCUGUUGCUAGUGCCAGCCACGACGUUCGCACUUCUCUCGCAGGCAUUACUGCUCUCAUAAAAAUUUCGUCUAAGUUAGUUCCUUCUGGUUCAGAAUUGGCUUCAAAUUUAAUCCAAAUGGAGGAUUGUACACGAGAUUUACUAGGACUAUUGAACUCUAUACUUGACACAAGCAAAAUUGAGGUAGGAAAAAUGGAACUGAAGGAAGAAGAAUUUGAUUUAUCUCAUUUUCUGGAAGAAGUGGUUGAUAUAUACUAUCUUGUGGCCAUGGAGAAAGGUGUAGAACUUGUAUUGGACCCUUGUAAUGGUUCUAUUAUAAAAUAUUCGCGUGUGAAAGGCGAUAAAGGAAGACUUAAACAAGUGUUGUGUAAUUUACUGAACAAUGCUGUCAAAUUUACAAAUGAAGGUCACAUAACAGUUCGAGCUUGGGCCCAGAAGCCGACAUUAAGUAGUUCAAUAAUCAAAACUAACCAACAUAGUUUCAUGAAACAUUUGUUGCACUUAUUUUCGAAGAAAAAAAAUGAAGCAGAUGAGGAGGACAUAGAGAAAACAAUGAAUUCGAUUCAACAAGAUUCUCUGCGUUCUAUGGAUUUCGUGUUUGAAGUGGACGAUACAGGAAAAGGAAUUUCGAAAGAGAAUUACAAGUCUGUGUUUGAGAAUUAUGUUCAAGUUAAAGAAACUGAUCCUGUCCAAGAAGGAACAGGCUUAGGACUUGGAAUUGUGCAGUCUUUGGUACGUUUGAUGCAUGGAGAUAUUGAAAUUGUGGACAAGAAUAUUGGUGAAAAAGGAACAUGUUUCAGGUUCAAUGUUCAACUCAGUUUAUGCGAAGGAGUAACCGUGACAGAUUUUAGUGCAAGGGGAGGUCUUGAGUAUGGAACAAGUAACAUGAAUCCCAUGUUACAUAUUUUCAACUCUAGUCCGAAGAUCGAGGCUUCGCGUGUUGUUCUUUUAAUUGGAAACAAGGAGCGUCGGAGGACUUGUAAAAGGUUCAUGAAGAGCUUAGGGAUUAAAGUUAAGGUUGUGAGCUGUCAAGAAGGUUUGUUUGAUACUCUAGAGGAGAUCAAACAAAAGGAUCGCCGUUCCGGUGGCCUGAGCUCUCCAGAAUCUUCUUCCAAUUUGAGUCCUUCCUCCCAUUCCACAUCUCAUAAUUCAUUUUCAAGAACCAGAGGUGUUCCUUUGAGUUCUAUGGAUGGAAAUGAGUAUACAUCACCGGUGUUCAAGAAGAUGAAUGUUGGAACUGUCUCAGGAUUCGUCUUGAUUGUCAUAGAUGCAAAUGCAGGACCAUCAUUUCCUAAACUUUUCAGAAUUUCGUUUGUUCCAAGUCAUAAUGCUUCUUCCUGA